AUGAUCAACAUGCCUAAGACGGAGAAGGCCCCAAUCGCACACCGCAGCUCCAUCUCUACUGCAUCGGCAGCUGGUGGAAGCACACGAAGCUCAUCAUGGUCUGCGCAAGACGAUGAGGCCCUCAUCCAAGCCAGAACUCAAGGCCUCAACUGGAACCAGAUUGCGCCAAAGCACUUUCCAAGCAAGUCGCCAAAUGCUUGCCGGAAACGUCACGAGCGAUUGAUGGAGAGGAUGAAUGCCGAGCAAUGGGAUGGAGUCAAACUGGACGUUCUGGCACAAGCGUACAUGGACGUUCGCCGGGAGAUGUGGAGUCUCCUCGCUGCCCGAGUCAAUGAAAAGUGGCAAUUGGUCGAGACCAAGUGCAUGGAGAAAGGCCUCAAGAACCUGUCGCAGGCUGCUAGGUCAGCAUCGAAGAAGCAGGGCUUUCAGGGUACUUACGCCGACCACGAAGACAGCGCAAUAGGCGUUUCUGACUUCGAUGAAGAAUCAGACGAUCACCACACUGAGAUGGUAAUGCCGGUCGCGUCGGCUCAAUACCCCCAGUACGCGGGAAGCUAUCCGUCUCAGCAGCAGCGGGUACCAAGCAUCCAGUCUAUGUUACAUCAGCAUUCGAUGCAAUAUGCUUCCCACCAGCUAGUGCACCCGCACACCCACGCGCAUACACAGCCGCAGUCUGCGUUCCCUCCUUCCAACUAA